UUAAAGCAGCUCUUUCUCUCUCUACUCUUCUCGCUAAUAUAAAACUCCAGCUCUCUCUUCGUUCUCUCUAAUCUAAACUCACGGCGGCACACCGCCUUACCACCGCCACCAUGGCAAGAGCUUUAGAGUCAUCAGGGGGUUUUUCUUCAUGAACAGGAGGUUAGAUCGAGACAAUGGCUUUGGCAUCCUCCAUCUCGGCAGUGACAGGUGCCUCUCCUCUCUUUCUAAAACCCAUCCUCUUCACUCACAAAACCUUAUUAUACACAUCAUUGAAUGAUUCUCGAAGAAACCUCUCUUUCUCGCUAACUGGACGUCGCCGGAAGUUCACCGGAGAAGAAAGCUCUCGCCGGAAAGUUCGAAGUUCGCCACAUCGGAGUUCAUCGACUCACUGCGUCCACGUGGUCGGGAGGGAUUUGCAGUCUUAUCUUUCUGAUCUUAGCCUUUUCCUGGCACCUGAGAGCAAGACAUUUUACAUAUUGGUGGAUAACAGACCAUGGCUGGAGGACUUGGUCUCAGGGCCCGCACACCUGUGGCAGUUAAUGGUUACCAAGUCCAGGCUGUCCCCCUUUGCAAUCACAAGAGGCCAAAAGGAGGAGGAGGAAGAGGAGAUUAAACAGGAUCCCCAGCGCUCCAAACCUUCAAGACAGUUGAGAAGAUGGUUGUCAAUGGCAACACAAACAAGAAAGAGGGUCUUGCUACCUGUAAAGAAGCUAAGGACUUCCUUGCUUGCAAAUAGCAAAUUGCACAGAACCCUCUAUGGAUUUAUCGUUUUUCAAGUUGCAUGGAAAGACGUCCGUGGUAUCAAUUAUUUGAACCAGCUUCAGACUGAUACAUCUCUUGCUAUAGAGGCGAAAUACAUGAGAAGAUGGGAAUUUGAUAGCAUAGCUCAAGCUGCUAAUGGCAUAACUUCAUGGUUUCUAGGGACUCCAUAUGAGCGUCUUCUUUUGGAACAUCACCUCAACUCUAUGAUAGGAGAAGCAUUUCAUGAAGCUGGUAUGGAUACUCCAAGCACCUGCGGUUCAUCAAGCGAUGAUGAUAAAGUGUUGAACAACGGUGUGUUAUCAGAACAUGAAUCUCCAUGCAGCAGCAGCAGCAGCAGCAGCAGCCAGUCAGAAGAAGCUUUAGAAGAAACAAAUAUACAAAAUACAAAGUUAAUAAAUUCCUCAGAUGUUGAGAAUGAUACAUCUUCCAGUGGAAGUAUACCCUCUCCAUGUCCAAGUGAAUGUGUAGAAGCAACCCAAUACAGAGACGUAUUGCUCUUAUUCCGGUUCAACGAUGCUGACCUCCCAUUUAAAUUACAAAAAAUAAUAAUGCUCGAUCUACGGUUACUUACUUUACUAGAGGCUGGACUUCCAUCAUGGGUUAUUUUCUUUCAGUCUUAUCCAGUUUUCUGUCAUGUUUAUCGUCCAUGGAUGUGCCCUUUAGCAAGAACUCUAUACGUUGCAAUAUCCUUUGUUACAGUCUUGAUCGGUUUCUAUGAUCUGUACAAAAACAUCCCUGUUCUUAAAGCAACGGCUUCCCGUUUGUUCGGACCUUUGUUUGAUUGGAUAGAAACAUGGGAGAUGGUAUCGAGGAUUAAAUACUUGGGUACUAUGUUGUUUCUGCAUAAUGCGGAGAAGGCGGUCAUGUGGUUUUUGAUGGUGACACGCGCUUUUAAGUCACUUGUUUCGUUUCUCACACAGCCAUUAGUUGCACCGUUUAUGGUAGUUGUGGAUGGGCUUUUUCCGUUUUGGAAUGUGUUUAUGCAGAUGGGAGAACGUUUGCACUCAUUCAUUUGCAUGCUUGUGGGGACAUCUUGGAAUCUAGUGGACAAUUGCGUCGACACACUUCUGCUCCCUGUGUGGUACAUCUCAUCAGUUAUUUGCAACUUCGCGACAGGUGUGAUGAGCCCAAUAUUGUUGUGCCUUUGGAGAGCAGUUUGUGCUCCAAUACAAGUGGUUCUUGGACUAUCCAAGUUUUUGGGAUAUAUAUACAAGUACAUAUAUGAGUCACUUGGAGGUAUAUGGCUGUUUGUGAGCCCCAUAUUAAAGGUAGCUUCAAAAGCUGAGGUGGCAGCCACGCACACUUAUGAGGUUUCUAUGUGGCGCGCUCUUUGGAAUGACCUUUUCUCUAAGCUUUUCCGAGCUAUCAAGAGCAUUUUAUAUGGUGUUGUUGCAUUCUUUGCAGCUUGCAAUAGACACCGAUUAAGUAUAUACAAUCAUGUACGGGAGUUCAUUCAAAGACUUCAUCAGCCAGCCCAGACGCCCCCACCAGAACCCAAGGAACUUAGGUCAUUGCCUACUAAAAGCACAAAACAGAGUUGACAACAUCUUUUUAUGUUUAUCAACGAAUUCUGCUGGUUUUAUUGAAGGAUUGGCCCAUAAAGAAGCAAUGGUUUUCGGUCUUUCUGGGUUUGAGUUUGUAUUUUCUUUUCUAUUUCAGAGGGAGAUGUAAAUAGAUCUUGAUUUCUUUAGCUAUGAGCUUAUUUGUUUUUUAGCAAUGAAGUAGAGUUUAUGUGUAUAUUCGUUAUACUAGUUAUUUCAUGUAACCUAACAAAGCUAGACAGGGACACGUUCCUUUCAGAAUCAAUAAUAUGUGCGAAUAAUGCAUAAUAGACU